CUCUCCUCCAUUCUCAAAACUUCCUACUUCAGUUGCAUUCACUCUUCAUCAUGCUCCGCCUCGGAAGAUCAGCAGCCUCGGAAGUCUCCUCCAUCCGCAAUAGCCUACAGCUUCAACUGGAGCAACGCGGCGCUAGACCAAUGCAAUGUGCCUAUCAGACACAGUCACACAGUAACCCGGAGGGCGCCAAGCGUGGCAGAUCCCCAAUGAGCCUGGCCGUUAUGGGCGCCGCGGCACUGAGCGUCGGUCUCGAACUGCAGACGGAUGGCAUCGCACAGGCCCGAGCUGCAAUGGAGCCGGGUACGCAGUUGCAGAGACACAAGUGGCAAUUGUUCGAUCAGAUCGGCGCCGGUGCCUUUGGUGUCGUGCGACUUGGCAUGCACGAGGAAUCAGGCGAAGUUGCGGCCGUGAAGAUCGUGCCACUUGAAAAUCCCAAUGACCAACGCUCGUAUCCGGCACUGGAGCGUGAGAUCGCGGCUCUGAAGCUCGUGAAAGCCCUUGGAGGACACAAUAGCAUUGUCGAUCUGCGUGACGUGUACGUGGAAGGCAGGAAGCUCUUCCUGGUCACCGAACUGGCUCGUGGAGGCGAACUCUUUGAGCAGAUCGUGGCCUACGGGUCGUUCCCUGAGCUUAAGGCGCGAGAUGUUGCGCGCGAGAUGGCAAGCGCGCUCUCCUUCAUGCAUCGACAUGGACUUGUGCACAAGGACGUCAAGCCAGAGAACAUCCUCAUGAGUGCACGUGUCGUUGACCACAACAGUGGCGUAUAUCGCAAGAGUAACCGCCACGAGAGCUCAAGUCUUGUCAAGCUCGCAGACUUUGGCAGUGCCGGUCCCGCCAGUGUGAAUACCAACCUCGAGGACAUCGGCACGGCCGCGUACUUGCCGCCUGAGGUCCUAAAUUCUGGUUUGUGCACUAGCGCGUGCGAUAUGUGGGCACUGGGCUGCGUCCUCUACAUCAUGCUCAGCGGCUCCCACCCGUACGACCUGGACGGCAUGUCUGCGGACAGUGUGGUGGAGCACCGCGUCAAGUCGGAGCCAGUCACCUUCGACUUUAGCGCUUGGGACAAUGUGUCGCCCCAUGCGAAGGACCUCAUUUCCAAGCUGCUGGUGAAGGACCCAACGUUGCGUCUAACGGCAGACCAGAUGCUCCAGCACCCGUGGAUGAAUGCGAGUGCCGAAGCGGCCGCUGCUGGCCUACGUAGACCUUCACCACUGCUCGCGGGCCAGCCGAUCCCAAUAAGUCCAGCGUAA